GGGACCAGAGCAUCAGCGGAGAUAGCAGACUUUGAUUUGUUCUUGAAGGCUAACUCGCUUUUGGGCUUUUGGUUCAAGAUGGAAACCUGUUCGAUUCUUCGGAGCCGACGAUGCUCCGUUGUACGCUUCUGCAAAAGUGGUCUGUCCCUUUGGCUGGUGGUGUGGAUGGUCCUGGCGAAGCCAAGUCUUUCAUCGGCGUGUCCGCACUCUUGUGUGUGCUACCCGACCCCCAUGACUGUGAGCUGCCAGGCGCAAAACUUCACCGCUGUGCCAGUGGGAGUGCCAUAUGAGUCCCAGCGCGUAUUUCUCCAACACAACCGGAUCGUGGAGCUCAGAGUUGGUUCUUUUGGCUUUGGAACUCAGGUUCUCUGGCUGUUCUCCAACAACAUCACAUGGAUUGAGGCAGGUGCAUUCAGUGAGCUGAGGGACUUGGAGGAGUUGGACUUGGGGGACAACCCAAAUCUUCAUAGGCUGGAAGGAGGAGCUUUCCGAGGGCUUGAGAAGCUCCAGAGCCUCCACAUGCACCGCUGUCGCCUCACUGCGCUGCCUCAUGACAUCUUUCACAAGCUUUACAGCCUGCAGUUCCUCUACCUGCAGGAAAACAACCUCCACUUUCUGCAAGAUGAUAUUUUCUCCGAUCUCAUCAACCUGAGUCAGCUUUUCCUGCAUGGCAACCGCAUCCGCACUCUCUCAGAGAAUGUGUUCCGUGGCCUGGUCAACCUCGACCGUCUGCUUCUUCACGACAACCGCAUCAGACAGGUCAACCGCCGGGCAUUCCGUGAUCUCGGCCGGUUGACCAUGCUCUUCCUCUUCAACAACUCCCUGGCUGAGCUGCCCAGUCAGACCCUGAGAGACACCCAAGGCAUUGAAUUUCUGCGGCUCAACGCCAACCCAUGGUCUUGUGGCUGCGAAUCCCGUGGCUUGUGGGAGUGGUUCCGUGAGGCCCGCGUGUCAUCAUCCGAAGUCAUCUGCGCCUCUCCAUCCACACGCCGCGGCCAGGAUCUCCGCUUCCUUCGUGAGAUGGACUUCGCCCUCUGCCCUCUUCCUGACCCUGGCUCCAUCGCUGGCUCCACCACCACCACCUUCAGCACCAAAACACGCUGGUGGUUCCACAAAAACAAACCCCAGUCAUCAACCAAGGGCGUCUUUGAGAAGGCCUCUGAAACCGUCAAAGCUGGUUUGUAUGGCAAAGGCCCGUCCUCUACGACAUCGGUGGUCAAGUACGAGCUGGGUGAGGAAGAACUGGCCCUGCCAAAGCUGGACCCCGAAGAGUACUGGACGAACUACGGUAACGAGGACUCUGGCAUCACCCUGAGGUGCUUUGAGCUUGAAUGCCCACCAGAAUUCGAACUGCCUCCCUUUGCAUCUGCUCCCUCCACCUCCUCUUCUCCUUCUGUUCUCUCCCUACUAACCCUCUCUAUACUCACCCUCCAUCUAAUAUCUGGUUGAAUUUGUGGUACCCUCUUUGGGCCUGUUUUAAAGGCUCCAAAGACCCUGUAAGACCCUUUAUACCCCCUUUGCCCAUUCAGCUGACAGCCAAUGACCAAGGCUCAGCGAGGGAGAUUGGGGGAUGGUUCAAUUCUGAAUCUCCAGGGCUUGACAGAUUCCAAAGCUGCAAUGAUAUUUCAGUUAUGAUCCUAUAACUAUAUUGUCAAUCCUCUACAGGUAUGACUUUCUGUGUCAUACUUGUAUGAUGUCGUGACUCCCUGCAAUCAGGGCUUAGAGGGCUUAGUCCAUCAAUGUCAGUGCAUCUUGACAUCAGUCGUCAGUGAUAUGUUGUCACAAUUACAGUGUUUUUUUUAAAUGAACCCAGGUGAACUGGCUGCUCUGGUAACUUUUAAUACUGUACUGACAAUACCGUAACACUUAAAGUGUCAUGUAAAUAGAUAAAUGUUAUCUGUUCGUACCGCAUCAGUAUUAACUAAGGCUUCUGUCUCAGUCCAAGGGAACUGUGAAGGCCAAUGUUUCUACAGGUCUCCGCGGACAGUUAAGGCAUUUGCAAUUGGAACACACACGCGGUAACUGAGAAAGUGGGCGUGAGUGGGAUGACAAAGAAAACAUAUGAUGAGAGGCAAUGUGAGGAGGGAAGUGAGCAGUCCGGAAAGAUGAAAGCCAGUGUUAGGGAAAGUGAUGCCACAGUGUGAGGAGGAGCACGAGUAGCAGCAGAGUUCUGAUGUUUUAUAUUGAUCUGCCGUAACCUCCAUUUCCUGUGUGGUGCCAUUAGCGUCAAAGAAGCUUCUGUGGAAGGCACUUUACUGGGCUUACAAAUUCAAAUCAAAACAGAGUUGGGCGGGGUUAUGACUUGAGAAAAAUAUAAUUAUCAAACCAGCUAGCAAAAUUAUCUGAGGGUAUCAACAAACCUGCUACAAGACGAGACUAAAAGCUCCUUUGCUUUUUUUCUUCGGUUGUGGAUAAACGAGGAUGAAAGGAUUCACAGUCUGGCAGACAGUCAAAGGCAAAUACGUCAGUGGAUUGUCACUUUCGUGAGUAACCAGCAGGGACAGCCAGAUGGCCACUUGAGGUGCAAAUUUGCAGAUCACUGUGUGCGACUCAGGACCAGUGAAUGGAAGGGUGUGAGGUAUAAAUCAGCCUCACUUAAAGAUCAAGUGAAGUUCAGCAGUUUGAAAGUGUUGGGCCGUAGGAGUCAAAACUGAGUGGAGAUUUUAAAUCCCAUCACUCAUCAAUUGGUAGAUGUACUAUUUUAAUCCUUUAUCCAUGUUUACACUCUGCUAGAGUCGGUUAAGACGUAUAGGAGUUGAAGGUCCAAUCCUGUAGGUGGGAAAGAGUGGCACUGGUGAGUUAGAGAGACGAGCCCCCUCACAUUCCUAGAAGGAUGAUAUAACAAACGAAGGAAUCGUAGUGAGUGAUAACAGAAACCAUGAGGUGCUGUCUUAUUGAGUACGACAGAAAGUAUAGUGAGAUCGCUGUCUGAUGUCUGAAGUGCCAGUUGUUUGUGAAAGUGCUUUUAUUUUGUAAUAUCUGUGACAGAUUUCAAGAGAUUGUAUGACAGAUUGAAUUAUUUGUAACCUAUUUUUUGUG